AUGCCCACCACUCGCUACUUCGCCCAAGCUCCCCCCUUCCCCGCUGACACGCCGACCAUCGACCUUCCCGUUCUCUCAUUUUCGGACCUACAAUCCGGCAACCCAACCGAAGGAGAAAGAUUAUUUGCCGCCGGCCGCGAAUGGGGAUUCUUCCUAAUCGACUUACACGACUCUGCAGAAGGCAGGACCCUCCUCCACGAUGCAGAAACCAUGUUCGAUCUGGACAACGAGCUCUAUUCCCUCGACCAGACAACACUCGACCAAUACGCCUACAACGCGCCCAAAGACCUUACAGGCUAUAAGCGCAUGGGAGCGCUCAAAACCGACGACGGCAAGCUCGACCACAUGCACCUCUACAACAUUAAUCAGGACGAUAUCCUUGGUAAUCGUGCUCCCCGCACCAACGCACCUCCGAUCGAGGCACAGCGCCCUCGGAUCCAGAAUUUUAUCCGCCACGCUUCAUCAACUCUAGACGUGAUUCUUAAAACGCUGGAUGACCAUCUCGGCCUCGAACGCGGUACACUGAGCAAACUCAGUCCACUAGAUCAGGAGUCCGAGACAUCUGUCCGCUUGCUAUGCAGCCCUCCCCACGCAUCCGGUGAAGCGAAUCAAGAUCGCAUCUCGUUAGGCGGACACACAGAUAUUGGGACAACGACGCUGCUAUUCCAGGUUAUUGGAGGUCUGCAGAUCCUCCCUGCGGGGCUCGAGAAUAAGAUGGAGAAUUGGCGUUUUGUUCGACCCUUGCCGGGCUGUGCGCUGGUCAAUAUUGGUGAUGCUCUAGUAGAGUGGACUGGUCAGUUGCUACGGAGUUCCUUGCAUAGGGUUUUAGCUGCACCCGGGGAACAGGCAUUCGUACCGAGACGGAGUGUGGCGUAUUUGGUCAGGCCGGCGAAGUCAGCAUCCAUGCGGAGGAUCUGUGGAGGGAAGAUACCGGUGCUGGCUGAGGGAGAAGAGGAGGAGACGAGAUCCGUGGAUGAGUGGGCAGCUUGGAGGUCGAAACAGGUUAUGUUGGGGCUGUUGAAGCCGCAGACGAGGGGAGGGGUAGUUCCUGUCUAG